AGAAAAAUGCUUUUAGUACAAUUGGACAAGGAUUUUCCUGAGGCACAAGCCCCAACGCGCGGAAGUAUUGGAUGUGCUGGAUAUGAUCUGUAUGCGUGUGUUUCAUUGGAUGUACAACCUCUUCAAUGGGCUGUUGUCGAUAUUGGAAUUCGAGUGGUGAUACCAGAAGAUUGUUAUGGCAGGAUUGCUCCUCGGUCAAGUUUAACGAUUCAUCAUGGAAUCAUGAUAGGGGCUGGUGUGAUUGAUAGCGAUUAUCGUGGCCUCGUAAAGGUAGUACUAUUCAACGCAGGUCAGGAUGUAUUUCGCGUGGAAAGCGGCAAUCGAAUUGCACAAAUGAUUCUCGAACAGGUGAAGAUACUUCCUGUGAAGGUUGUAGAAACAAUCACAACCACAACGCGUGGGGAAGGUGGAUUUGGUUCAACAGGCAGUAGAUAGGUGAUUUAUAUUUGUUAUUGUAAGGGUAUGGUAGAGUUGAACAGAUGAAAGAGAAGUAGUGGUGGUCCACAAAAG